AUGGGUAAUUGUACACAUGAAGUUGUUUGUAAAGAUAUGUGUGGUCUUUGUGGUGCUGAUUUAAAAAAAAUUCGUGAAAAUAAUCCAAACAACUUUUUAACUUCAAAUUUUCAAACAGCAUCUGUUCCAAUGGUUCAUCAUGUACCUCAAUUACUUGUUUCUGAUAGACUUGCUCAAGAAAUAGGUAGAAAAGAUAAAGAUGAUACUUUAAAAAAAAGAAAACUUAUUUUAUUGGUUGAUCUUGAUCAAACUAUUAUUCACACAACUAAUCAACCUUAUGAAGUUGAUCCAAACAAUCCUGCCAAUAAAGAAGUUAUUUAUUAUGAUCUUUAUGGCAAAAUAUUAGUAAACUUUAUGAACUUCAUAUUUAGAGAUGAAAUUUUUAGUAGUAAUCACAAAACUAGUAACAUGAAAUCAUUAUUUCCAUGUGGAGAACAAUUAAUUGCUAUUAUAGAUGAUAGAGCUGAUGUAUGGCAAUAUGCAAAUAAUCUUUUACAAGUUUCACCAUACAAAUUUUUUGAAGAUACUGGCGAUAUAAAUGCACCACCAAAUUGUUUGGAUAGUUUGGAUGAAAGAAAACGUUUUGAGAAAAGUAGACCAGUUAAAGCUGUAGAAUCAGACAAUGAUGUACAAUUACAAUCUAUUGAAAAAGUACUUGAAGAUAUUCAUAAAACAUUUUAUCAUGUUUAUGAUGAACGUCAAGAAAUAACUGAUCUUAAAUCGCUGAUUGCUGAGAAAAAAAAUCAAGUUUUAGAUGGAUGUCGAGUUGUGUUUAGUGGAAUCGUUCCUUUAGGUAUGAAUGCUGAGACACAUCCUUUUUUUAUGUUAUGCUCACAGUAUGGUGCAAUUGUUGAUGAUGAUAUAACAAAAUUCACAACUCACGUUAUUGCUUCACGAUGGGGUACAUCAAAGGUGAAAAAGGCCGAGAAAAUGGGAAUUUUUGUUGUUUCAGCUUUAUGGGUUUAUAAAAGUGUUGAGAAUUGGGAAAAAGUGGAUGAAAAAAAUUUUUUAAUUGCUAAAGACCCAAAUGCUGAACCAGAUAUUGAUGAUAAUACUAAAGAUGGUAUUUUUUCUUAUAAUGACGAAAUUGGCGAUAUUGAUCUCAAAGCAAUGGAGGAUGAAGUUAAUGAGGCCAUUAGUGAAGGAGAAGAUGAGGACGAGGAAGAUUCUAUAGAUAGCAUUGACGAAGAUUAUUUUUCAAAUAAUAUAUUAAGAAAGAGAUCAAGAUCAGAUGAGGAUGAAGAUGAUGAAGAACCAUCAUCAAAAAAAGUUGAUCUUAAGAAACCUCCUGAAUAG